AUGAAUAAAAUGGGGUUGAUAUUCUUUCUCUUUAUAUUAUUUUGGGAAUGUAUAUUUAUAAAUGGAUAUAUUAUAAAUUUAAAAAAAGGGAAUUGUGUUAAUUUAAUAAAUAAAUAUGAAAUAAGAAAUAAGUUAGCAAAAAAAAAUAUUACAAAAAAAAAAGAACCUUUAAAUAUAUUUAAAGAAGAAGAAGUUGAAGAAAAAUAUAAUACAAUAAAUACAAUUAAUAGUUUGUUAGGAAAAGUGAAAAGACAAUUUAAUAUUACACAUGCUAUAGAUGAUAGAUUGAAAAAUAAUGCUUCAAAGGAAAGUGAUACUUUAAAAUCGAAUAAUUCCACCGAUAUAAAUGAAAAAGAUGAAAUAAAGGCUAUUUUUGGUUCUAUGUUAGAUGGGAGUUUAAAAAUAGGAAGAGCAAAUACAAUGUUUAAAGAAUUGAAGGAAGAAAAAAAAAUGAUUGAUUUAAAAUAUAAAAUGCUGUUAAGUAGAAAAAUGAAAUUACGAAGAGAUCAAUUUAAACAACUUGAAGAAAGUAUAAAGAAUGGAACAUUUAAAUCACCAUAUAAUGAUGAACAAAGAGAUUUUUUACAAAAAGUUUUAAAAGAACAAGAAGAAGCAAUUGAACCUAUAUUAAAAGAAAUUGAAAAGAUUAAUAAAAAUCGAUAUUUAAUUUUUGAUGAAAAAAAUGAAUUAUUUGUUAAAUUAAGACAAGAUAUCGAAAAAAAAAAAAAUGAAAUAAAUAUAAAAUAUCAAGAAGAAGCUAUAAAAUUAGGUAUUAAACAAAUUAUGGAUAAUCUAUAUGAACAAACCAAAACACCAUUAGUAUGGGACCUAACACAAAGAAGUUGGCCACAAGCUAUAUAUCCACUAAUAAAUGGUAUGAAAUUAAAAGCAGAUGUAUAUUGGGAAUCAACAGUAGUUGGUGGAAAUCGAGAAGAAAACGAAUUUUUUUUUACACCAUCAAAUUUACCAUCUUUAGGUGAAAAAAAAAAAAAAAGAAAAGGAAGAGGGGUUGGAAGUAAAAGAGGAGGAUCAUGUGGACGAGGUAUGAAAGGACAAAAAAGUAGAAGUGGUGGUUCAAUACCUAUAGGUUUUGAAGGUGGACAAACACCAUUAUAUAGAAAAUUACCAAAAUUUGUUUCGGCUCCCCUUGGGCAUGGUCAUAGAUUUAAUAGAUAUGAUUAUGAAUUAAUUUCAUUAAAUUUAAUUAAUUUAGCAUAUACAAGAAGUGGAGAAAAAUCAUUUUUAGAAAUCGAUUGGAAUGUUAUUGAUAAAUUAGGUCUUAGAAUAGGAAAAUAUAAAAGAAGACAUCCAAUAAAAGUUGUUGGAUGUAAUUUAAAAAAAUUUAAAAUGAAAAAUGGAUAUGAUUUCAAAUUUUAUGCAAAAAAUGUUAUCCUUAAAGCACAUUCAUAUACAGUAAAAGCCGCACGAGAAAUUAUAAAAAAUGGUGGAAGAUGUCUAUUGUUAAAAAAAAAUACUCAAGAUAUUGUAUAUUCAGAGUAUAAUCCAGAUGAUAAAGAUUUAAACCGAAUUCCAAGAAGAAUUGUUUUUUCAGGAAAACCAUCAAAAUAUGAAAGAAAAAUGUAUUGGUUGAAGACGAUAAAAAUGAGUGGUGAAAAUUCCAAGGAAACGGUGGAAAAAUCAUAA